ACUUCUCCUACCUUAUUACCAACUUAUUCUUCAUGGCCACUAUCACAAGUGACUAUAGAUAAGAAAACUUUUGUAUAUGACGAGCAAGAAAUAUACAAAAAAAAUGCCGACAAUGAAAUACCCAAGAACAAAAAACAUGAUUUAAUGCGUGUAGCACCUUAUAUUCACUGGCUUAAUAUUGGGGCACAACCAAAGUAUCCACAACUUGAGAAUGAACUUUUGGAUAUUGCUAAUAAACUAGAUUAUCAUAUCUUAUAUCCUGAUAUUGAUAAAUAUAAAUUUUCUCACAAGUGGGUUAAUAGAUUUAUGACCCAUCAUUCGUUAGUAAAUCGCAGAAACAAUACAGUUGCUCAAUAG